AUGGCUUCUGCUGACACAGCCGCAUCGCUCAAGCGCUGCGAGCCGCUGAAGGAGAGCGAUGUGAAGCUGCUGUGCGAGAAGGCGGUUGAGAUCCUGGUGGAGGAGGCUAAUGUGCAGCGGGUGGAUGCCCCCGUGACGAUCUGCGGCGACAUCCACGGCCAGUUCUACGACCUGACAGAACUGUUCAAGGUCGGGGGCGACUGCCCGCAGACCAACUACCUGUUCAUGGGGGACUUUGUGGACAGAGGCUUCUACUCGGUGGAGACCUUCCUGCUGCUGCUGGCACUCAAGGUGCGUUACCCCGAGCGCAUCACCCUCAUCCGCGGCAACCACGAGAGCCGGCAGAUCACGCAGGUGUACGGCUUCUAUGACGAGUGCCUGCGCAAGUACGGGUCGGUCAACGUCUGGCGAUACUGUACCGACGUAUUUGACUACCUCUCGCUGUCGGCCCUCAUCGACGGCACCAUCUUCUGCGUGCACGGCGGCCUGUCCCCCACCAUCACGGGCCUGGACCAGAUCCGCACCAUCGACCGCAAGCAGGAGGUGCCGCACGACGGCGCCAUGUGCGACCUGCUCUGGAGCGACCCUGAGGACGGUGUGGAUGGGUGGGGGCUGAGCCCUCGGGGCGCAGGAUACCUGUUUGGCCACGACAUCGCCUCCCAGUUCUGCCACGCCAAUGGGAUUGAGCUGAUCGCGCGUGCCCACCAGCUGGUGAUGGAGGGGUACAAGUGGAUGUUCAAGGACCAGCUGGUGACGGUGUGGAGCGCGCCCAACUACUGCUACAGGUGCGGCAACGUAGCGGCCCUGCUGGAGCUGGACGACGGCGGCUCCAAAAACUUCAAGGUGUUUGAGGCGGCGCCGCAGGAGGCGCGCGGCGUGCCCGCCAAGAAGGCCGCCCCAGACUACUUCCUGUAG